AGGUGCACUGAUCGCACUCUUUAUUUGACCGAGCCCUCAAGUCAUGCGCGCGCUUAUUGAUGAAAAGUUAAUUCACGCAUACUUGGAUUAACACAGACUACGGGGCAAGUGUACCGGAUAAAGCGCGCUCAUUAAUUACUCGUCGCACGUUCGCACGGGGAAUAAGCAAUCGUAAUGUCAAGGAAAAAAGCGGUCAGAGGAAAGGGGGGCUCAAAUACACCGAGCUCAUCUCCGAUUAGCGAUCAAGAGAAGGGUAAGAAAGUCCCGACUCAGUCCAACGGAGCGGUGCAUCCCAGCAGACCCUCUCUCAGCAGCAGCGGGGAAUUCUACGACAUCGCCUUCAAGGUAAUGCUGGUUGGUGACUCUGGGGUGGGGAAAACCUGUCUGCUGGUUCGCUUUAAAGAUGGAGCGUUUCUAGCUGGGAGCUUCAUCUCAACAGUCGGUAUAGACUUCAGAAAUAAGGUGCUGAGCAUUGACGGUGUGAGAGUUAAACUACAGAUCUGGGACACGGCAGGACAGGAGCGAUUCAGGAGUGUGACGCACGCCUACUACCGAGACGCUCACGCUCUUUUGCUACUGUACGAUGUGACAAAUAAAGCGUCUUUUGACAACAUACAGGCCUGGCUCACAGAGAUUCAUGAGUUCGCUCAGCAGAACGUCGUGAUCAUGCUUCUGGGUAACAAGGCUGAUGCUACACAUGAAAGGGUUGUGAAGAGAGAGGAGGGUGAAAAACUGGCCAAGGAGUUUGGCGUUCCCUUCAUGGAGACCAGUGCUAAAUCAGGCCUGAAUGUGGAGUUGGCCUUCACUGCAGUGGCCAAGGAGCUGAAGCACAGGGAGAUGAAGGAGCCUAACGAGCCCAAGUUUCAGCUGCAGGAGUAUGUUAACAAGGAGAUGAAGGGAGUCGGCUGCUGUCGCUCCUAAACCCUCUCUCUCUCUGUCUGUUUGUGUGUUUUUCCACUUUCAUCCUCUUGCCUGUC